AUGGUUCGCCUGAUCGACAUCCGUAAAAUCGCCGUGAGCCGAAGCAACGUGGUCGAUAAUCUCGAAGAAUACGAGCGCCGAUUUUUCAACAUCAACUUGAAGCCGAAAAAAGCAGAUGAAAGUGUCGCCAGCUCAAGUGGAGAUUCCGAGCAGAGAUCGAGAAAUGUCUCGAGUUUGGGAGGAUCCGUCGUCAGUGGAGACAUGGAGGAGACUCUCGACCUGGACGAAGAUGAUGAUGAUCAACCGAUUGAAGCUCUUAUCCGGGGAAAGCGCGGACUUUCCUUAGAUUCCGAAUCACCCGUCCCAGCCAACAAACGCCGCUCUACCGCUGAAACGGUCGAAAUCAACGAUUCCGAAGAAGAUGAGGAGACGGAAACGAUCAACACAGUCGAAGUCAAAAGCGAAGUGAUCGAAGAAAUUCCAAACCAAACCUCCCCGCCGAAGACAAUUCCGCGAGUCCUGACGACGAUCAACGGGCAGAAAGUUGGCGGACCGAUCAAGAUUUUGAACCAGUCGGCGUUGAAUGGUUUGAAAGGACCGCUGAGGAUUGUCAAGCCAGGACAGAUUAUCAAAGGAGGACAAAUGAUUCGACCAGGUCGAGUGCUAAAGCCCGGCCAAAUCAUCCGCCCUGGCCAAAUGAUCAACGGAAAGAUGAUCAAAGUCCUUGGUCGACCAGGAUCUCAAAAUGGCCAGCCGCUAAAAAUCAUGAACGGACAGGGGUUGAAGAUUAUCCGCCCUCCCGUCAACCAAUUCGUUCAAAAGCCGAAUCCGAGCUCAGAAAACGGCCAAAAACCAGUGCAGAUGAUUCAGAAGCCGAUGAAAGUGAUGCGCGCUCUUCCGAAUAAUUCUCAAAUUCUUCCUCCAACAAAGAAUCUUCCCAAACCGGUGCCAGUUCAAUCAGCUCCUGGGAAGCCGAUCAAGUUCAGUGGGGAUUUCAGCAAGUUGACAACAGUCAGAUUGGCCAACGGAAAACUUGCUAGGGUUCUUACUCUUCCCAAGGAUUCUCAACAAGCAAAAGCAAUGACCAAAAUUGGAAAGCCAAUCAUUCAUUCUUCAACAAUUUCAUCCCCUCCGAAAAUCACCACCUCUCCAAGUCCUGAAGUUCCAGUCGUACAGCCACAAUCGCCUCCAGAAUCUCCAUCAAAUUCUGAAACAUGCGAGGUGAUGGUUAAAGACGAGCCAGAAGACGAAGUAAUCAUGGAAACAGACGAAAACACUUCAGCAAAUAUUUCCGGCGUCGAGCCAAUUGAGCGCGAUGAUGGCUUCGACUUUUACUGCCCCGAACAAGAAGCUCCUUACACCAACUCUGAUGGCGAGGAUCUCGAUCCAUUCAAUCUUAGAGGCUUUCCUCCAAAAAAGAGAAGAACUUACGUGGCAAAGCACGAGUGCAAAAUUUGCACCAAAAAAUUCGUCAGACCUGCUGAGCUCCAGCGACACUCAAGAAUCCACACCGGUCAUAAGCCCUACAAAUGUGACAUCUGCAAUCAUGCCUUCAUCCGAAAAGACCAUCUCACCAGUCACAUGAUCUCGCACUCCGAAACAACCUACAAAUGCGAGCAGUGCAACUUCCGAACUGCGCGCGUCGAUUCUUUCCGCCGCCAUGUACGCAGACAUGAAAUUGAUGCAGUUCUUCCUGGAGGACAGUACGAAGACGACGAGGCUUUCCAAGAAGCGGAAAAAGAAUACCAGCUUCAAGCGAUGGCCCUGCCUUCGAUGCUCUCAAAAGCCGCCUUUCAGCCGCGGAGUCCAAGUGAAAUCGACGCGGAAAACAAUUCCUGCUAUGUGGAAGAAGCGGAAGAUACUCUUGUCAUUGAUGCGACUGCGACUUAG